ACCAACCGCCUUUUAACAUCGGCGAUGAAGAAAAUGAAGUGAAACCGGUCUCAAAAUGCGCUGUUUGCCUUUUAAGUGUUUAGUUUGGUGCCGUGGCGCUUAACUAAACCAUGGAACUUUUGGAGUAGGCUCUUAUGAUGUUUAUAACAUUGUGUUACAUGUAUUUGUGGGUGCGCUUCCACAAAUGCUAUUCAGUGCUGAUUCGCAGCAGACUGUCAGCAGCGAAGAGCGACACAGGCUUGAGCUUCAUUUGCUCAGCUUCGCCCAACUCUGUGCCUCCACGCCGACUAAGUCCUCUGUCUCCCGGGGACAACAUAUUUCUGCAACUGGGAGACAAAGCAGUCACUCUAACUGAACUUCAGGUAUGCGAUGACCUCAUCAAAUGGACUGCGUUACCGGGAGCCUCUGUCGUUUGUGGUCAAGACUGUGAGAAUAUUUCCUUCGUCAUAGAAGCUGCUGGACACAAUGGUGACCAUGACGCAUCAAACAAGAAAGUGUUAAACUGGUCAGACUUCUGCAUACCUCUGGCUUGCAGCCCUGACAAGCCCUUCAAGGCCGUGGCUCAGGCCAGUGUCGAUAAUUUCAGUCGCCUUGGAGUUGCUUUUUUAGAGGAUCGACUACAACUGGAUAAAGGACUUGUGCCUUCAAAGAUUGUCCCGGUUGUUCUCCAAAAAUCCACUGUAAGUGAGCUGAUCCAUCGCCCUGAGGAGGCCGUAGUGCUGUGCCACACCCAUGCUGUAAACGAUCAGCGUUGCCCUAACCACAUGACAACACACCUGCAGCGCCCUCAGCACUGUGACUCACAACUCACAGCAGAGAAGACAUCAGAAGAACCAAGAGGAUCGGGACAAAGCUGCGUCUCCGACGGAGAAGGUCCUGGCUCUGACGAACACAUGGAGAACCACGGGCAUUUUCUCCAUCUGUCUAGCUGCCAUGAAUGUCUGGAGCUAGAGAAUAGCACUAUUCUCUCAGUAAAGUAUGCUUCAGCAGAGAACAUUUCAGAGUAUGGCGACUCCCUACAUCUGGAUGGUGAUGAUGACACUUUGGAAGACUUUGAACAUGACACCAAAAGUUGUGACCAGUACAAGAAACCUCCAAAUGUUCUUGUGUACACCAAUGGCAGCAAAGAGCGUUUUCAUGCAGUUCAGCAGGUUUUAACUGAGUGUCUAAACGUGGAAAAGUACACUAUAUAUCCCCUGGAGCCGCAACAGGCUUUAAGUGAACCCUGGAUGGAAAGUACAAAACUCCUGGUGCUCGCAGAGGAGGAAGUUCUCACUCCCCAGCUUCAAAAACAAUUUCUGAACUACCUGAGCCAGGGUGGAAAAGUCCUCGGGCUCGCAUCCUCCCUCUGCCCGACAGGGCUCUCACUAGAAAAUAGAGAGUGCUCCUACGGGCAAGUGCGGAGGCUGCGCUUCACACAAAAGGACGACACAGAACUUGAAUUGAGCGUGUUAGCAAGCGGGAAGGUUUAUGUCUGCAAUGUCCCUGGGCAGGGAAAAAUUGAGCUAUGGGGGGAACUCAGUGAUGUUCCUCAUCAAAAGGAUGUGGUUAUUGUCAGUGUAACACCCAGAGAGCACGGAGGGGAAGCUGUCAUGUGUCAGGUACAACUGGAAAAAUCUCCGGCAGCUGAAGAGUUUGAUAAUUUACAAAUCAACAAAGCACUACAUCACCAAGUCUUGGCAGAGAUCCUUCAAUCUCUUGGCCUUAGUUGUCAGCAAAACCAAACACCAGCACCAAGUCCAGUUUACCUUCUGGCGACAUCUCGGGAGGCCAAAGAUAAGUUUCUGCAGUGGCUAAAGUCAUAUACCGAUGAAAAUGGCCUCAUCCCAAUGUCAAAGGCGUCUCUCAAGAUCACAGCGAGUUCUGAUCUACAGAAUUGUGCUUUCCAGCACGAUGGUUCUCUUUCCCUGUUGACCAACUACCCUGAGACACAGACGUGGGAGCCCUUCUGUUCGGAAACCUAUUGCAGUAACCUAAAAACGAGCCGACUGGGGCAUACAAUGCUUUAUGCCGAUGUAGUCACUUCAACCAUGGACCUGGUAGAAGGGUUCAACCACCAUUUACCAGAGGACGCUGGUUUGAUUGUGAUAGCAGCGCAACAAAGUAAAGGCAAAGGUCGGAGGAAAAAUGCCUGGCUCAGCCCUCUCGGAUGUGCCAUGUUCACACUGUGUGUGCAAGUGAAGCUCAGCUCCAGACUUGGACAGAGGAUUUCUUUUCUGCAGCACCUGGUGGCACUUGCUGUAGUCGAGGCUGUGUGCACACUUCCCGGAUACCAGGAUAUUGACCUAAAAGUAAAGUGGCCCAAUGACAUCUACUACAGCAACCUCACCAAGCUUGGAGGAGUUCUAGUGACUUCUACUGUAAUGGGUACAACUUUUCAUCUACUAAUAGGCUGUGGUUUCAACGUGAGCAACAGUGAGCCAACAGUGUGCAUCAAUGACCUGAUCCAUAAAUACAACAUUCAGCACAAUUGUAACUUGCGGCCACUGAGCACUGCGCAGCUUAUUGCUCGGACUGUUAGCUGUCUGGAGGCCCUAAUAGACUGCUUUCAACGGGAAGGCCCAGAGGCUAUCUUUCCAGUGUACUACAAAAGAUGGCUUCACAGUGGGACUUGUGUGCGGCUUUGGAGUGAGGAUGGACCUGAAGCUGAGGUGGUGGGUCUGGAUAGUAAUGGCUUUCUUCAAGUCAACAGCAAAGAGCAGGGUGUCGUUUCACUGGAGCCUGACGGAAACUCUUUUGAUAUGCUGAAGAACCUGGUGGUCAUCAAGCAGCAUUAGAAUCAUAUCCAGAAUGAUCAUUGCUUCAUUUUUUUACAAAGGUAAUUUUUGAUUUGUUCACACAGGGCAGGAUGUUUUAUUUACAAUCUAUGUUAUGCGUUACUGAUUAUGUGACUCCUAUGUUUGUUUUUGUGUUUUUUUUUUGCUUUGCUUUGACAUAGCCAAUUAUCGGAACAGGUUAUUUGUGCGUAUGCAUUGAUUGCUAAUGGUAGCCAAUCCUUAAGGGUCAGGAUACAAUAUAUGUUUUAAAAACCCUCAUCAGAUUCCCUGAUUUUUGAUGAUGGUGCAUCAAGUCUGUACCGCAUAAAUUAGGUAAAAUAUAUGAAGAUAUUGAUAUUUUUACAGAUUCUAAUCACCCGUGCAAUCAUGUCCGAUAGGCAGACCCUCCAGUAAUUCGCCAUCUUGCCAUGUCAAGCAAAAUCAGCCAAUCCCAGCAAAUUAUGCAACCUCACAUUUUGAUCGUCAUUUUCACAAAUCAAAUGUAUUCCUGAGCAGCAUUUAAAUUCACACAUCAACCACCUAAUCAAAGCUUAGGUUUGUUUCUUGUGUCGACAAACACAAAUCAUCACUGUCGAACACGCUCAGCAGUUUCGUAAUAUUCCCAAAUGAAACGGUUGUAAAAUGAAAGGUGUAGAAUCCAAAAUAACUUUUCAACACUAAACUACACUGAGAAUGUGGACAACUUGUGUAUGACGGAAGGCAAUAAUGAAGCUUUUGGUGGUGUUUAUCGUUAUAAAGCAGUCAUUUGGCAGUUUGUUUUUUUUUAGUAGGGAUGUUCCAAACAGAAUUUUAUGCUGACGCUACCGAACAUCUAUGAGUGAGAUUUUCCACACAAUAUUUUACCUAGAUCCUUUUUUUCUUUUAUUGCAUACAAUUGUUCCAGCGAAGCAUAUUGUAGUCAAUAGUACAUAAUAACUAAACAAAAGUAAAAACUACUAUUUCAAUCCUUUGGUGUUUGCCAUCAAAGUCCCUCUGUGUUCUCCUAGGAGGAGAAUUAUUGUACAUCUAUAAACAAGAUUAUUGCGAAAGUUAAGUCUGAGACAAUGCAAUCAUUUAUCAAUUAUUUAAUGUAUCUGCGGCCUGGUAGCAAAUGCAUCACAGACCGGUGCCCGUACCGGUGAUUGGAGACCUCUGCCUUAGGGGAUCACUGUGUAUGGAGCUGCUAGCAGUGUUGGUCAGACGUGAUCAGAUUAAACAACAUCAAUCUGCAAAGGCCAUCACAUACUUUUUCACGAAAAUCCGUCAAUACUGAUCGAUUGACACAGCCCGAGUUUUUCGAGAAUGUGUAUUUAGUAGGGGUGUGGUAAAAAUCGAUUCGAAUUCGAAUAGCGAUUCUCACGUUGUGGGAUUCAGAAUCGAUUCUCAUGUAUAAAAAAUCUACAUUUUUGGGGGGGAUUUUUUUUAUUUUAUUUUUUUUAAUUAAUCAAUCCAACAAAACAAUACACAGCAAUAUCAUAACAAUGCAAUCCAAUUUCAAAACCAAACCUGACCCAGCAACACUCAUAACUGCAAUAAACAGAGCAAUUGAGAGAAGACACAGACACAACACAGAACAAACCAAAAGUAGUGAACCAAAAAUUUAAAUUAUCAACAACAAUAUCAAUAUUAGUUAUAAUUUCAACAUAGCAGUGAUUAAAAAUCCCUCAUUGAAAUUAUCAUAAGACAUUUACAAAAAAAAAUACAAAAAGAACAAUAGUGUCACAGUGACUUACACUUGCAUCGCAUCUCAUUAGCUUGACAACACACUGUGUCCAAUAUUUUCACAAAGAUAAAAUAAGUAAUAUUUUUGGUUCAUUUAAUAGUUAAAUUAAAUUUACAUUAUUGCAAUCAGUUGAUAAAACAUAGUCCUUUACAAUAAUAAAAGUUUUUUACAAAAAUCUACAACUCUGCUUGCAUAUCAGCUGACUGGGGUAGAUCCUGCUGAAAUCCUAUAUAUUGAAUGAAUAGAGAAACCUUUUGAAUCUGGAAAAAAUUGUUUUUGAAUCGAGAAUAAUGUUGAAUUGGAAAACAAAAAUCAAUUUUGAAUCUAAUCGUGACCCAAGAAUCGAUAUUGAAUAGAAUCGUGGGACACCUACAGUAAAGAUUCACAGCCCUAGCAUUUAGUGCCAAUAUAUGACUGUGGUAAUAAAACGAGUGAAACAUCAAUAUUUAUUUUCCAAACUAUGCUUGUAUUUUGUGUGAUUUGCUGAAAUCCUGUGCUUUUUGGGUUUAAAGUUACAAAUAACACUUACAAUAUUGAUGACCAAUUUUAGAAAAACAUCGCAAACCAUUGCAUCUUUUGCUGCAACUUUUUGAAAAAUCUGCAAGUCCUGCAGGGACUACCUACUGUAGGCAAUGCAGGUAUCGUAGGACACAGCAUGGCAUUGACGACACAUUGUUACAUCAUAGAUUUUCUGUAUUAUUGAAUUAUUAAUAUGCAAAGUAAAUAAUAUAUAUUUAAAAUCAAAAUAAAAUAUAUUGUUUCUAAUACAAACUAAGCUACAUAACAUAUUUACAAUAUAAAUAUAAUAAAAUUAGCACUUUUUUUCUUUUUACUAUAGAUAAUUUUAGAUUAGUUGUAUUUUUACUUGCGUGUAUGCCCAUCCAUCCAUUUUCUACCGCUUAUUCCCUUUUCGGGGUCGCGGGGGGCGCUGUCGCCUAUCUCAGCUACAAUCGGGCAGAAGGCGGGGUACACCUUGGACAAGUCGCCACCUCAUCGCAGGGCCAACACAGAUAGACAGACAACAUUCACACUCACAUUCACACACUAGGGCCAAUUUUAGUGUUGCCAAUCAACCUAUCCCCAGGUGCAUGUCUUUGGAAGUGGGAGGAAGCCGGAGUACCCGGAGGGAACCCACGCUUUCACGGGGAGAACAUGCAAACUCCACACAGAAAGAUCCCGAGCCUGGAUUUGAACCCAGGAUUGCAGGAACUUCGUAUUGUGAGGCAGACGCACUAACCCCUCUGCCACCGUGAAGCCCCCUGCGUGUAUGAUUAAUUUUAAAACUGAGGGGGGCAAAUAAUCAAGCAGUAUUUAAGCAUGAUUAAACAAUCACGGCUCAAAAUGUUGUAUAAAAUGUUAAAUGUGUUAAGAUAUCCUUAUAAUUUAAUAAUCAAGUUUGUGAAAAUGUCAAUUGAGAGGUUAAUAUGAAUACAUUUGGAGAAAGUAUGAUAGAUACAGUAUAUGCUUAUGCUUGAUUACAUAUGUACAAUACUAUGUAUGGUAUGUAUGGCACAUUGUACCAGGAAGUGUUCAUUUCACAUCCAUCCAUUUUCUACCGCUUAUUCCCUUUUGGGGUCGCGGGGGGCGCUGGCGCCUAUCUCAGCUACAAUCGGGCGGAAGGCGGGGUACACCCUGGACAAGUUGCCACCUCAUCGCAGGGCCAACACAGAUAGACAGACAACAUUCACACUCACAUUCAAACACUAGGGCCAAUUUAGUGUUGCCAAUCAACCUAUCCCCAGGUGCAUGUCUUUGGAAGUGGGAGGAAGCCGGAGUACCCGGAGGGAACCCACGCAUUCACGGGGAGAACAUGCAAACUCCACACAGAAAGAUCCCGAGCCUGGAUUUGAACCCAGGAGUGCAGGAACUUCGUAUUGUGAGGCAGAUGCACUAACCCCUCUGCCACCGUGAAGCCGUUCAUUUCACACAUUUAUUUAAAUAGAAAUGACAAAUAGUUUAAAUUGUUUACGGCAGCAGGGCUUCUGUUGUAUCGUUACAACUCUCCUGUUGCCUUUAAAUCCAUUUGCUACAUUUUCAAAUUGUUUUAUCUGGUUUUCCUGAAAUUGACACAGAUGGUCCUGUACUAGAUAUGCUCUUUGCAAGUAAAAAAUAAAGUGUUGAAUUAUG